CAGGAAACUACAAAAUAUUUGUGGACAAGAUCUAAAUCAGGAGUUCAGUUGGACUUUAAAAAAAUAACAUAAGAGUCUUAGCUUUUCAAGGUCCUUAUCCACCAAACCCUUAAUCACAGGUGUUUGGACUUUCUCUGAUUUUGUAAAGACUGAGCAAAACUGAUGAUGGAAAAGCAAAGGACCUAAAGGCUUUAGUAUCAUCUAAUUUCGACUGAACACUGAAUCAAAUGAUAAAACAGCCAUGGAAAGAAAUUCAAGUUUAUGGAAGAACCUAAUAGAUGAACACCCAGUUUGUACCACCUGGAAGCAAGAGGCUGAAGGAGCCAUUUAUCAUCUUGCCAGUAUUUUAUUUGUAUUUGUUCAUAUUGCCUAUCAAGUUCGCAGCAUAACCUUUGCCCGAGAAUUCCAGCUGUUGUACAGCUCCAUUUUCCAGCCUCUGGGGACCUCUAUGCCUGUCUUCAGAACCAUUGCUUUGAGCUCUGAAGUGGUAACUUUGGAAAAGGAGCACUGUUAUGCCAUGCAAGGGAAAACCUCCAUUGAUAAACUCUCCCUGCUUGUUUCAGGAAGGAUGCGAGUGACAGUUGAUGGAGAAUUUCUGCAUUACAUUUUCCCCUUCCAGUUCCUGGAUUCUCCUGAAUGGGAUUCAUUGAGACCCACAGAGGAAGGCAUUUUUCAGGUAACCCUCACAGCAGAAACCGACUGCCGAUAUGUGUCUUGGAGGAGAAAGAAAUUAUAUUUACUCUUUGCUCAGCAUCGUUACAUCUCCCGCCUGUUUUCUGUUCUAAUUGGCAGUGACAUUGCAGAUAAACUCUAUGCCUUGAAUGACAGGGUAUACGUAGGGAAAAGAUACCACUAUGAUAUUCGGUUACCCAACUUUUACCAAAUGUCAAGUCCAGAAAUACCCAGAUCUCCCCUCACUGAACAUUUUCGGAACUCCCGGCGGUAUUGUGACAAAUGAAUUUGAUGUCUGAAGUUUUAUAAUUACAAAAGAUGCUCAUCAUUCCCCGAAUGAAAGCUAACGAUAGAAAAUUGAGCUCACUAAUAUUUUUAUGAACCAAACUCAUAAGCAAGGUGCCACUGCCAGCUGUCUCAUUCAUCUCAACUUCUGCAUUAUGAAUAAAUUUUAUAGUUUUUCAUGUAUUUCUUAUUGAACUAAUGGGAGGAGGGUGAAUAAUUAUGAGCAGUUUGCCAUUUUUCUGAAUCAGAACUAUGAAAAUGAAAUUUUGCAUUCUUAACUAUUUUCUUAGAUAUAUUCUAACCUGUUUCCUUGCCCUUUUGAGUUAAGCAUUGUGUCUCAAGAAGCAGCCAACAGGUACCCUCCACACAAGAAUAGGUUCUGAUUGUACACAUCAUCACUUCCAGAAUUUACUUUUUGUCAAGACCUCUGCUGAAAGCAAGAUAUGCUAUUUUGAUGGGCAGGAAAUAUCUAUUUCAAAUGUAAAACUGUUUCACAUGCCUAGAAAGCAGAAUAAAUGUAAGAG